AUGAUCAAACACUGCCUUUGUACGGUUCUCGUCCUGAUGUAUUGUGUUAGUUAUUGUGACGGACAAGUGUUUAGUUUCAGGAAUUAUGAGACAGCGUCAACUGAGCCGCCCCUGCCGUUCCCAGCCUGUCGUGCAGAUAACAUAGAAUGCCUCCGUCGUGGAUUGAGGACCUUCUUCUUCCUAAUGGAUUCGAGGCAUUUGGGAAUGACCCCCGUCGACCCCUUGAUAUUAAACAGCGUGGCAGUGUCUGUUCCUGAGGAGCAGAUGUCGUUUUUGUUGAGAAAGGUCAACGUUACGGGUGCGAGAUGGACUAAGCUAAUUGAUAGGAAAUUCCAUGUGAAUAAUGGGAAAAACAGCGUUCGCUUCAAAAGUGACUUGCACGUUAUUGGAGAAAUGAUAAUGACAUUAGCCGGUCGAUCCGAUCCCUUCGUGUCGCUAAUAACAAUAGACAUAAAUGACGUCGAAAGCAACAUCACUUACGCGUGGACGGGACAACGGGGCUACGACAAUGAAGACUAUAUAUUAAUUGGUCAAGAGAGAGUGGCAGUUAGGAACACUAGGACCCCAUCAUUCUUCUUACAACCUACCUUUAACGAGACAAAUACUGACACUGAAGGAGGAACUCAAGACUCUUACAUGAUGGAAAGAAUAUUGCUUUCCAAGAGUGCAAUAUUAGAUCAUUUAGCAAAUGAGGUGACAGUAGCAUUAAUGCACACAGUUGUGGAUAAUUUUAGAUUGUUUGCAAAUCAGAUAGCAGUUAAGAAUUAUUAUAUUUACAAUUCAUAA